AUGUCCAUCAUAUUUGGCAUUGUGUCAAGCGUCUUGGAAAGAACAAAGCUCGCAGCUCUUGGAAAUGUCGAACUUCCUCUCAUAGAUGAUGAACCGCUAGCAGUCACCGAGGUGGAUGACAGUGGCUUAGGAAAAUGCGAACUACGAAUAGAAGGUAUGACGUGCGGUGCAUGUGUAGAGUCCAUCGAAGGCAUGCUUAGAUCGCAAGCUGGCAUACAUUCAAUCAAAGUUGCACUUCUUGCUGAAAGAGGUGUAGUCGAGUAUGACCCCUCUGUAUGGACGCCGGAGAGGAUUGUCAAUGAAAUUUCAGACAUAGGAUUUGAUGCUACUGAAAUACCAAUAGCGCGAUGUGAUAUGAUCACACUGCGGAUAUUUGGCAUGACAUGUGGUUCGUGCACGUCGGCUAUAGAAACUGGGUUGCGUGGGAUGCCAGGGGUGACUAGUGUUGCCGUCUCACUCGCCACCGAGACAGCCAAGAUAGAAUUUGAACCAAGUCUCGUUGGCCCUCGGGAAAUGGUCGAACGCAUAGAAGAUAUGGGUUUCGAUGCAAUAUUGUCAGAUCAAGAGGAUGCCACGCAAAAACAAUCACUUGCCCGAACCAAAGAGAUCCAAGAGUGGGCUCGCCGCUUUAAAUGGGCGCUCGCAUUCGCCGUGCCAGUGUUCUUCAUCAGCAUGAUCGCAAUGCACAUACCUUUCCUCCGACCCCUCGUCAAUUUUCAUUUAUUCAACGGUAUCUAUAUCGGUGAUCUUAUCCUUCUUACCCUUACGACUCCUGCACAAUUCUGGGUCGGUCAGAAAUUUUAUCGGAAUGCGUUCAAAGCACUUAGACAUGGUACCGCGACCAUGGACGUCUUGGUUAUGAUCGGAACCUCCGCGGCUUAUUUUUAUUCGUUAUUUGCCUUAUUCUUUGCAGCAUUCAACACCACGCCUGACUACCGCCCUUUCAUUUUCUUCGACACGAGUACUAUGCUCAUCAUGUUCGUAUCCCUCGGGCGUUAUCUCGAGAACCGCGCAAAGGGAAAGACAAGCGCUGCUCUAACAGAUCUCAUGGCCCUCGCACCAACCAUGGCCACAAUCUACACGGAUUCUCCGGCAUGUACACAAGAGAAACGCAUUCCUACAGAGCUGGUGCAAGUGGGGGAUACCGUCAAACUUGUCCCCGGAGACAAAGUGCCCGCUGACGGGACAGUCAUUCGAGGAUCAUCCACCGUGGAUGAAAGCGCUGUCACCGGCGAACCGGUUCCGGCGUUGAAACAGCCCGGAGAUAGCGUCAUUGGGGGCACCGUUAAUGGCCUUGGGACUUUUGACAUGUGCGUGAUUCGUGCAGGUAAAGAUACAGCGCUUGCACAAAUCGUCAAACUCGUCGAAGAGGCACAGACGUCCAAAGCACCAAUUCAGGCAUUUGCAGACCGUGUUGCAGGCUUCUUUGUUCCCGCCGUCAUCACGCUCGCAGUACUCACAUUCGCUGCGUGGAUGGUGAUUUCACAUGUCAUUAGCGAGGACAAACUCCCAGCUAUGUUCCACCGCCAUGGUGCGAGCCGGCUAGCAGUUUGUUUGCAAAUGUGCAUAUCAGUGGUGGUGGUCGCAUGUCCGUGUGCUCUGGGACUGAGUACACCGACGGCCAUCAUGGUUGGCACGGGUGUGGGUGCAAAGAACCAGAUUUUUAUCAAGGGUGGCAGGGCGCUCGAGGCCAGCCGGUCGAUCAAACGAAUCGUGCUGGACAAAACAGGCACCGUCACGCAGGGGAAACUCACUGUUGCGGGUAUGACAUGGAUGCCCCCGCGUGAUUCCUCUGAGCUCUUACCUGAUGAUAACGUCGGCUCUCAAUCUUUGUCAUUCAAAUGCGCCGACGGCACUACUACACGCGCAACUAUCAUGGCAAUGGUCGCUGCGACGGAGCGCAAGUCCGAGCACCCUCUAGCUAAAGCCAUCGCCGCUCAUGGCAAGAGCCUGCUUGCCAGUGCCGACAUUCAAUCACCACCAUUGGACAUCAAGUCUUUCGAGAGCGUGACUGGCGCUGGUGUGAAAGCUCUUAUCUCAUCAUCUGGUUCCAACUAUACUUUAUACGUCGGAAAUGCGCGGUUCAUCGCGCAGUCCACCAUUGUACAGCUACCUUCCAUUUUGACGAAUUACGAGGCUCAAGAGAGCAAGCUCGGUCGCACGGUGAUCUUCAUUUCUUCGUCCCGGGGAUCUUCUGCUCCGUUGCCCUUGCUUGCAGUUUCUUUGUCGGACGCCCCCAAGCCCUCGUCUGCGCACGCAGUCAAGGCACUACAGAGCAUGGGCAUAGAGGUGAACAUGAUGACGGGUGACGGGAUGGUCACAGCUUUGGCGGUUGCCAAACAAGUGGGGAUCAAGUCCGAUGGCGUUUGGGCCAAUAUGAGUCCCAAAGGCAAGGCGUCCCUUGUUACGGACCUCAUGAAGCAGGGGAAUGGCGGUGUUGCAAUGGUCGGUGAUGGCAUCAAUGACUCGCCUGCCCUUGUGGCUGCUACAGUCGGCAUCGCCCUUUCCUCAGGGACCUCUGUAGCCAUCGAAGCUGCCGACAUCGUUCUGAUGCGCUCUGAUCUCCUCGACGUCGUUGCUGCGCUAUACCUUUCGCGCAGCAUCUUCUCGACAAUCCGACGAAAUCUGGUCUGGGCGUGUAUAUACAAUGUACUUGGGAUCCCGCUUGCGAUGGGCGUGUUCUUGCCCUUUGGGCUGUAUAUGCAUCCGAUGCUGGCAGGCGCCGCAAUGGCGUUCUCGUCGGUGAGCGUAGUGACAAGCUCGCUGAUGCUGCGAUGGUGGCAACGGCCGCUGUUGAGUGUGAUGCCCGGGGAGACUAGUGCACGGGGAGACAUUGUUUGAGACGUGGAGGAAUACGUUGGAUGAUAUGUGGGAUUCGGUGAAGGGAUUGGUGAGGAGGCGGAGGGUGGAUGAGGGGUAUAGCCAGCUUCCGAUUGAAAUGUCGGAUAGUGUUUGAGUAAGAUGGGGUUUCGGGAAGUUUGUUGUAUGUACAAUUGAUGCUACACCUAGUCUUUGCACGUAAUGACUAUCUUACUAAGCUAAUACUUAGGCUGUACUCUUAGAGAAACGAUCGUUAUAUUAUCGACCGGAACACGCUACUCUCGCGGUUAUCAGAUCAUGUGGAUAGUAGUUGUCCCUUCAUGAUGAUGGUAAUAGUACCUGCGUGUCAGUGAUAUUGUUGU